GCUGCGUCGCGUCGCCUCAGGUCCGUAGCUUUGCCUCCCUCUCCUGUCCUGCCGUGGACCCACGAUGCCGCAGUACCAGACCUGGGAGGAGUUCAGUCGCGCAGCGGAGAAGCUCUACCUCGCAGACCCUAUGAAGGCACGUGUGGUUCUCAAAUAUAGGCAUUCUGAUGGGAGUUUGUGUAUUAAAGUAACAGAUGAUUUAGUUUGUUUGGUGUAUAGAACAGACCAAGCUCAAGAUGUAAAGAAGAUUGAGAAAUUCCACAGUCAACUAAUGCGACUUAUGGUGGCCAAGGAAUCCCGCAGUGUUGCCAUGGAAACAGACUGAAAGGUUUGAAAUGAAGACUGUCAUGUUCUUAGGAAGUAAAUAUCUUUUGAAUUUGAGAAAGUGUUGGGACAGAAAAUACUUUAACUAAGUGGGCUAUUCAGAAGCCAAGAGAUCAUUUUUUGUACUUUGUUUUUUAAUGUUUACUUUAGAGAGCUAGGACUGUAAAUGCUUACAGUUAGAA